AUGGUAGAAAACUAUUGCAACAAUGGAAGCACACGACGGAGUUUCCGCAGCAGCAGCGAACGACGCGGCUUCGAUUGCAGGCCACAGGUAAAGGCGCAAAAAGCAUCGUCGCUGCGAAACAGUUGCAGCGGACCUUCCACAUCUGCAGCAGCAGCAGCGGCAGCGGCAGCGGCAGCGUCAGCGCUAGAAAGUUACAAUAACAGCAAUUGCGUGCCGCCCAAGCCGCAAACAUCGUCCUCGCCAACACGUUACAGCUUGGGCGCCAAGCCAAAGAUGCGCACAUUUUGCUUGGAAACAGGCGCUGGUAUGCUUACAACGGCUAUGGCGGCAACGACGGCACAGACGCCGUACCCGAUGUCACGCAACAGUUGUCGGCCAUCGGCUGCAUCUCUAAUGCGGGAUCCUUGCAUCAGCCUAAGCAGAAAUUCGAAUGCAUCUUGUUGUUGCUGCCCACACUGCGGCAAACCACAAGACCCUACGCAAGCGGCACCACUAACGCCGCCGCCGCCGCCACCACCUUUUCAGCUACCAAAGCGCACACUGCCUUGUAGAUCAAAGCCACAGCCACCAAAGGAGGAGAAGCCGUCACCCGAGACGGAAUUCAAGUGCCGCAUGCGAAAAUUGCAACUGGAAAAUUUGGUCAAAGACCAAUACUGUCCCGGUGCCAUACAGAGUACAAUCGACUGUGAAGAGGACUUCAAUGAAUUAUCGUUUCGUCUGGUGUUCGGCUGCAAUCCACCGCCCUGCACGCUGCCGCCAGUCGAACCAAUUUCUCUGUUGGAGGCGCUUUGUAUGCGUAUCGAAUUGGAACGUUGUUUGCUCAACAAUGAGGCAUCCAAUGCGGAGGCGAGGCGAGGGUCGAGACGUGACUCGCCGGAGAUGGAUGAAGUGGACGCUUUUUUCGACAAAAAGUAUAAAACGCCAUUGAAUGAAGCGCUGGCAAGUUUACUGAAGGCGGAAAGGUAUUUCAGUAUGGAAAACCCGAAUGAG